AAAUAUGACUUCAGGAUAUAUAUAUACUUGUUUUGGGCGGCAUUCGGAACAUUUGGAUAUGUUUACGUAAACACAAAAAUAUAAUAAAGUAACAAAAUAAUGUUUUUGACUGAAAAAAUGAGUCUGGAAUUUUCAUGUCAGCCUUGGCUGUGGCUUACGUUGCUAGAAGUCUUUCAAAUCAAAGGUGUGAGCAGCACGGUGUGUAAGAAGAACAAGGCUUUGCCGGAAGAAGCGGAAGGAAACACGUACCUCUGUAACGACCCCGACAAACGGGCGUGUUGCGAAGUCGAAGAGGAGUUCACGUGCUGCGUGCCGGAAGUCGUGAGGAAUCUGUUAGAACAGUUCCAGCUGUGGGCAAUAGUGACAGCUCUGGUUCUAUUGAUCGGAAUCCUCAUGUUCUGUUUACUCAAAGAUGUCAACUACUGUGCAAUCGAAACACCACUCAAACACAAAAUACAAGCAUGCUGUAGAAGAAAAAAUAAUAAGCUUACAGAUCUUAACAAAACGAGUGUCGAAGAUGACGAAUCACCCGGAUGUUCAAGGUCACAAGACAGCGCCUCGACAACCGACACGUCAUCACGGCCGUCAAAUACAGUCAAAGUGCUCCGUCCAAAACAUUAAACAUUAUCAUUAUAUCAAUGGAACAUGUUCCAACUAUGAGCUGAAAUUACAGUGACAUCUCAGUAAAUUGUAAAUAAAUAUGGAUCAAGACUUCGGUAAUAUACUGGAUUAAAGUAUACAGUGGGCAUACGGCGAAUAGAGAUUCCAUAGACGAAAGUCAGUGUUAACAUACGUGACGAAAGAUGCUGCAUACAGACAAUAUUACAUGGAUGGUCGUUAGACACCAUUAACUUACGAGUUGUUUCAAAACGUAUCUAACAAACAAAAGCAAGAUGAAUAUGUUUUUAACAAACUGCAAAAUUGACUGGUGUAAAUGUCCUGACCUUCUAAAAAAAACCCACGCCAAAACCUGCAUCUGCACCCCAGUGCAGUAAUUAAUAUUCCAAGAGAGAAACGUUUUCUUCUUCUCUUUUUUUAAAAAAAUAAUAGUUAAAAUUUCGUAAAACUCGCAGUCAGGCAGAACAUAUUUACAAUGUUGAUCAGGGUAACAAAUAUUUUUUUAUUUAUUUUAAAUUGUUAUGAUUAUAUCCAAUGGAUUCAGGCACCCUGACCUGGGCACACACACUUUUAUAUCUGGGCCGUUUUUCUAGGACAGGGGUUUACGAUUGGUUGUUAGUGAGUGAGAAAAAGAGAGAGAGAGAGAGAGAGAGAGAGAGAGAGAGAGAGAGAGAGAGAGAGAGAGAGAGAGAGAGAGAGAGAGAGAGAGAGAGAGAGAGAGAAUCUAAAUUGAAAGAGAGACAGACAGACAGAGAGAAGUCGAUGUUGAGUCCUUAAAUCUCCCCAUUAAGCCGUUUAAACUCACUCUUGGUGGAAGCUGGUACCAGCCUUAAUUAUCUUAAAUACAUCUAUGGCAAAUUGAUAAUGCUAGGCUCAAACUAUCAACAGCUAGCAGAAAGUUGGCCAACUUUCUCCUCUCAGGAUGUCUACGACUGUCCAGUUGCUAAUCUAAGCACUCUUACAACUCGAUUCUCGUCAUAUAACCCAUUAGUUGUUAAUCUGAGCACACCUGACUAAGUUAGGAGUUGGGAAAUUGCAACGCAAUCGUCAAGUUGGCCAACUUUCUGCUAGUAGUUGGUAACAUAACUGACAAAUAAACUACAUGUAUUAGUACUCAAAUGAAACCAACAAGCUUAUUUAUGGAUAACAGAAAUACCAGUAUUCAAAUAUAUUGGAAAGUUUUACGUUUCUGAAAUUGAUGACAAACACCUUUGACAACAACACUGGGUUUGAUGGCAAGGAACUGCUUGAAUUCUGGAUUCAGAUUUGCGUUAUAUUCAGGCUAUAUUAUCCUGAAAAUAACAGCUGUGUGUUUCAAAGACAGUUGUAGUGUGGACUCAGAGAUUUCCCUUCAAAGGAAACAUUAUUGAACACAUUUUAUUGACUGCAAAUAUUUUAUGGGUUGUGGUGUAUACUACUUUAUUUUUUAAAAGUGUUAUCAUUAUUGUAUAUAUGACCACCAUUAAUUUUCUUUAAUAUAAAUGUAUAUGUUGUUGGUUUGUUUUAAAAUUAGUUAUAAGAAAUACAUUUUCCCUGUACUGAUUGCAGGGAUGGGGGUGGUAGGCACUAUAAUUAUUUUAAGCCGAUUGCUUUAUAUCCAUAAAGUUUUAUGUUUAUAUUCAUAUAGGUUUAUUCUGUGGGUGGUAGAUAUAUAUAUUUUUUUAAUGUAAAAUCAGCUGAAAAUGUGCAAUACCAUGUGAAUUAUAUAUAACAAAACUUAUUCUCAUUUUUAUAUUAUAUUAAUAAUUUUAAGAUUAUGAAAUAUACUAUUAAUUUUAAAGUGUUAUUUUUGUCCAAUAGGAAACCCUAUAUUACUAAGCCUUGAUUUUUAUUAUUUAUCAUUUAAAAAAAUAAAAAAUGUUGCUUUUUGUUUUGUUUUAAUUUUGGUUUACUGCUCCAGUUAUUUUAAUGUCAUUAAUUUGGGCGCAACAGGUUUUUUGUUUUGUUUUGUUUUGUUUUGUUUGGUCUGUUCUGAGCACAAUGGUCUGUUUUUAGUGCAUUAAUGUUAUUAACCCCUGCUGAAGAGUGGUAGAUAUUCAGAACUGCAUUUUAAGAUUAUUGGAAUCUAAUUAAAGUUUAAUUAACAUUUCAGUGGUUCAGAGGUGAAAUGUUUUGACAUCAGCAUGUUUGUACUCAAUUUGGGCAUGAUUAUUUUGAGCACAACAUUUAUUACUUUGACUUUGCUUCAAUCUAAGGCCCUGGGUUUUGUAUAGUCUUUGAAGAAUCACGGUCUUUGUACGUUCCGAAUAAUUAAAUGAAUCACCAAUAUUCAGUUGUCCCCGUUGGUGGGCCCAUUGGGCUAUUUCUCAUUCCAGCCAAUGCACCACGACUGGUAUAUCAAAGGCCGUGAUAUGUGCUAUCCUGUCUGUGGGAUGAUGCAUAUAAAAGAUCCUUUGCUGCAUU